AUGGAGGAGCUACUGCGUACUGCGGCCUGCGUAUUGGACGAUCCGGGAAGUCAGUUCCCCCAAAGUGGAGAGGGGGAAAGGGAGGUGGUAGCUUGGUGCAGGUGCAAGUGCAGUGGUGCUCAAGCUACGGCCAAGCCAGACCAAAAAAGUGGAAGAACCAACCAAACGCCCCUGGCAAUGGCCCUGUGCAAGCUGCCGGGUCCCGUCAGUUUGUCCCUGUGUCCCGGUGCUGGUGAGGUGGUGGUCCUGCUUGUCCUGUCCACGGCUGUCCUGUGUCCUGGUCCUGGGGAGGGUCCCGUCCGCUGGGCUGGGCAGGGCUGGCUGGGGCUUGCUGGACCCGUCACCGGGAAGGUAACUGGGCUGGACUGUGAACACCGCCCCAGAGUCACCUUACCUCACACUGACACAGCUGGACUGCUUGCUGGAGGCAGGCAGGCAGGCAGGCAGUGGAGGUUAGCUGUUGACAGGGCCUUCCUUCCCUUGGUUUUCUCGGAUCGAGGACGACCGUGCCAGAGCAAGUGGGUCCUCGAGGAUCGAAUGACUGCAGUGGUGCAGCAGUUGGGUGCGCUGCAGCCUAGACACGCAGUCAUCGGCUGUUUCCUGCGAGCUCUUCUUCUCUUGCUCUCUCAAAUGAGGUAA